AUGGGCGGACGCGGGCGGCAGAGGCGGUGCGGCGGAGGCGGAGCGGCCUCUGCGGCAGGAGGGAAGAUGGCGGACGAGGAGAAGCUGCCGCCCGGCUGGGAGAAGCGUAUGAGCCGCAGCUCAGGCCGGGUGUACUACUUCAAUCACAUCACUAAUGCCAGCCAGUGGGAGCGGCCAAGUGGCAACAGCAGUGGCAGCAGCAAAAAUGGACAAGGGGAGCCCACCAGGGUCCGCUGCUCACACCUGCUGGUCAAGCACAGCCAGUCACGGCGACCCUCAUCCUGGCGGCAGGAGAAGAUCACCCGAACCAAGGAGGAGGCCCUGGAGCUGAUCAAUGGCUACAUCCAGAAGAUUAAGUCUGGAGAGGAGGACUUUGAAUCUCUGGCCUCACAGUUCAGCGACUGCAGCUCCGCCAAGGCCAGGGGAGACCUGGGUGCCUUCAGCAGAGGUCAGAUGCAGAAGCCAUUUGAAGACGCCUCCUUCGCGCUGCGGACAGGGGAGAUGAGCGGGCCCGUGUUCACAGAUUCGGGCAUCCACAUCAUCCUUCGCACGGAGUGAGGGGUGUGGAUGGCCCAGGCCUGGCCCCCUGGGGGAGACGGGUGGGACGGGGUGGCUGGGCCCGCAGACUCCGCUCCCUGCUGCCGGCCAACCAGUGGGGACCCCUCCCUUCUCCUGUCACACAGUAUUUAUUGAUCCCAGAAUGGCUGGGAGGGGGCCCUUCACCACCGGGUGCUCCCUGUCCGCUCCCAUUGGGGCUGUCCCUGCUAGACCCCCCUCCCCUUUAGGAAUCGACUUCAGAAGGGCACAGGGUGGAGAGGCUCCCUGGGCUCCCAGAGCCAGGGUUGGGGGUGACCUGUCCCAAAGAGAAGGCCUAAUUAGCUGAGCUGCCCCUGUGCCACCCCAGGUCCAGGAUGGGGUCAGGUGGGCCUUGAGUUGUUGCUGGUUGGGCCGUGUUCCUCUGUUCAGUUGUAAAAAGCAGACGCUCCGCGUGGGGCCCAGGCUGCUGGCUGCUAUGGGGCCUCUAAGCAGCCAUGCAGCGCCUUCCCCACCCUUGAUUAAACCUGGAACCACUGUU